GACUUAUUUUCUUCGCGGUGGCUUCUCGUCGCUCGAAACACGCGGAAAAAUUGAUCCCCCCGAGCCAUUACGCCUGGGAUCGCCGCUUCGCCGCUGGCCUUGAGAAUCAGCUGUCUUCAAAAGAGGUGCGCGCGAGUGGCGCGGCGCAGACGAUUCUCGUCCGUCGGCGUGCGUGGUUGGGGACGGCCGGUCGUCGGAAACAAAAUUCACAGUUUUAAUCAAUUCUGUGCGCGUGAUUUAGGUCUUGUUCAAGAACUACAUUGCAAAGAUGGAGACCGUUUCUAUGAGUAUGCCCAAUUACUCGUACGUAUUCAAGUUCGAGGAAGACUUCGCCGAGAAGGAGAGACGCCAGUGGAUGUCAGAAAAUUGGUAUGUCUGCAUGUACUACAUAGGCGCUUACAUGAUUUUCAUCGUCGUCGGCCAACACUACAUGCAGUCUCGCCCGCGGUUCGAGCUCCGGAACACUCUGGCCCUGUGGAACUUCUUUCUGGCGGUGUUCAGCAUCAUCGGCACCAUGAGGACGGUCCCAGAGAUGCUGUUUGUCCUGAGGCAUUUCGGAUUACAUCACUCCUGCUGUGUGGCUGGCCCUAGCUUUGUUCAGAACAACACUGUGUCUGCCUUCUGGAGCUACCUGUUCACCAUGUCCAAGGUGCCUGAGCUGGGUGACACCGUCUUCAUCGUGCUGAGGAAGCAGCCGCUCAUCUUCCUGCACUGGUACCACCAUGUCACCGUCCUGAUCUUCACCUGGUACAGCUACUCGGACUACAUCACCACGGCGCGCUGGUUCGUCAACAUGAACUACACGGUCCACUCGAUGAUGUACAGCUACUACGCCUUCAAGGCGCUGCGCUACCGGGUUCCCAGGUGGAUCUCCGUCACCAUCACGGCCUGCCAGCUGGCCCAGAUGGUGGUCGGCUGUCUGGUCAACUUCUACGCCAUCCACGUCAAAUCCAACGGCGGAGAGUGUGACGUCUCCUACCUCAUGAUCAACCUGGCGCUCAUCAUGUACUUCAGCUACUUCGCGCUCUUCACCAACUUCUUCUACAACUCGUACAUUGCCAAGAAGCCAAGAAGCGCCACCAACGGAGUGGUGAAGAAGCUGGAGUAACGCCUGCGGCCGCUAGAUGGCAGGGUGAUCGUGCAGAGGUGGAUUCGUAGCCACUGGUCGGCCGCAGGGUGCAGGCUGAAGGGAAUUUGAAGGAAGAAGGGGGUUUGUCAAUUAAAUGGCCCAAUUUUCUGGGCAAACCCGCUUUGUUUAUUGUUAUGCUUACAUCGGGCUAGGACGUUUGGUUAUGUUUGGAGUUGCACGGCGUCGGUUUCAAGUUGACUCAUUUUCUCUAUUAGGUUGACGUGAUUUAUUGGUGAUUUCUCAACCAGCUCGGUCACUUAGACUGUCAAAACAUCGGAGCUGAUUUUCCUCAUUGUUUCUAGAGAUGCGUUGUUUCGUGGUCUGUCGUUAUCAUGAGCUCUGAUUUGAAAAUGCUAGGAAAAUUUUUAUGUCAUGCUCAAGAUCUCAUCCACGGUUUAGUCAUCUUGCCACACUUGCAUAUGCUAGACAAUUGCUCCAAUUUUCGCUCCCUACGAUCACAAAAUCAUUGUGCCUUACACAAACACUGCAUGUGGAAACAACUAGCACAUAGAUGAUCCACGGGCACUUUUGAAUAGUGAGCUUCUCAAAAGCUGUCAAUAGCAAUGCAACACUCGCAGAAAGUGUCCUUUAACUAGCAUACGCUGUUGUGAGAAUCCUUGAACGUGGUGACACUCCACUUUUGCACUUAGAAAGAUACUCACUUUUGUUUCAUGUUUGUGCAUUUACUGACAGACAAAUUUGUUUUCGUCUUCAUUCCACUUGACAUUCCGACAACCACGUCGUGGCUUAUAAGAACAGAGAGUCCAUUCUACAUUCCUUCGCUGGUCAUCUAAACGGGCCAGAGAGCCUUGCUAACACCCAAACAUCAACGUAAAACUUCGAACGUUGACCUGAAUACCAAGCUCACGUAGAGUUAAAACGGCCACUCUAAAUGCGCCUGUUCUAAUACAGUACGCCUCUGUUGCGCGAAGCAGCGAGCGCGAAACAGAACUGAAAGGAUAGAGUGCGCUAGUGUAGCUGAUGUCGCACCAAAGGCCGAGCUGCCUGAGACGAGAAAUGUCGAGCCAGCCUUACAUAGCUCGGGUGGCGAACCGUUUAUGGAUUGAGGACACUGUCUGUGAUGCACCCUUGAAAUGUUCGACGGAGCGCUAGUUUCGGCAUGUGAAUGUGCAUCGUACAGGGUUAGUAAGCUGCCGAGUGGUUUGGUGUGUUGUCUGUUGAAAGAGUCAGACAAACAAUAGGGAGGAUUGCACCGGAAAAGUGUGGAUCGUGGUUGCAGAUUUGCGGCGUCGUUGAUUCACAGUGCUGUUAAAUUUGAUUGAGUUGCGGUUGUAAGAGCUUUCUUGUGCAUAUCGUAAAGUAUGUUGUAACGCUUACGUCGCGGCUAAAUUACGACGUGUUGUAAAUGUAGCGCGGAGUUGAAAAUUUCGUGGUUGGUCGUACACAACUGAUUCCCGGCCCAAUUGUGUGCACGGUGCGACAUGUAUGGAUACUAUAGCUUUCUGUCUUAGUCAAAAGAUGGCAGCACAUACUGAAGCGUAGUGCGACGGGAUGGCUUAGUUUAUUUUGUUGCCAGAUCGUGCAUAUGUGGAAUGGAUGAUGUUUGGAUGAUCAAUGCACGUGAAUGUGGGCGAACCAAAGACCCAAUGUAAUUCCGAGCCUACAAGAAGUCUGAUUCGCUGACGCUGAUUUGGCUGGGCGCCAAAUUGUUGAACGAUGAGGCACGUGAAAUACCUAAUGUUAGUGGGCACCUCCUAAAAAUGUGACAGCGAGGGAUGCGAGAAAGUAUUGUAGUUUGAAGUGUUCUGUGAGGAUAAGUGGUUGUUUUGAAUGUGAAUAAAUCGUUAUGUGGCUGGCA